GGACCGAGCGCGGGCCCAGCGUGAAGGAAGUUAGCGGCAGAAUCCCUGAUACCGGCGGAAAAGGACUCGGAUCCAAUGGCGACCCCAGAGGCCAGUGGCAGCGGCAGCGGCGGGAAUAUUGAGGGCUCCGACCCCUCCGUCACCUACUACCGGCUGGAGGAGGUGGCGAAGCGAAACACCGCGGAGGAGACGUGGAUGGUGAUCCACGGACGAGUCUACGAUAUCACCCGCUUCCUCAGCGAGCAUCCUGGUGGGGAAGAGGUUCUCCUGGAACAAGCUGGUGCUGAUGCAACUGAAAGCUUUGAAGAUGUUGGCCACUCCCCUGAUGCCAGGGAGAUGCUAAAGCAGUACUACAUUGGUGAUGUCCAUCCGAGUGACCUUAAACCUAAAGGUGGUGACAAGGAUCCUUCAAAAAACAAUUCAUGCCAAAGCUCCUGGCCGUAUUGGAUUGUUCCCAUCGUGGGCGCCAUUCUUAUAGGUUUCCUGUAUCGUCACUUCUGGGCUGACAGCAAAUCCUCCUGAGGAGGCCAUGUUGAAGUUGGAGCACAUACUCCUGGGAGUGAGAGGUGGAGACUUGUUUGGAGGCUGCAGGGUGCUCCCUCCUUAAAUCCUGCCAGUUGUUUUCUUUCCCCUUGGAGCCAAGAUGGUUGACCAGAUAUCUAUCCUCCUUCAAUGUAGGACCAGAGUCUUUCAUCAGCCAGAGCCUCACGCCCAAAGCACCUGCUCACACUGUGUCCUUGCCAGGAUUCUUCUCACUGGUUCCCACUCCUUCCCUUCAUUUCAAGAGUUGAUGCCAAUGACUUAGAGUUCCUAUGUUGUAGUGGCGUGGCCUUUGGGGACAGUGCAUGGUUUCUCAUACUAUGAAUUCACAGUAGACAUAGUUAAGGGAACAGCAGUCUAGUUACGAAUCUUUCCCCAUUUUUCUUUUAAGUAAAUUUAAUUUUUUUUAAAUUCUGAUUUAAUUUUGUCAUUCAUCAUAAGGGAUUUGAUUCAUGAAGUUGUGUCUCUUAUUUCAAACACAGCUGCCAAAUGAUCUUAUUUAUGAUUGUUAGAAGUAAGAGGCCAGCAAGAUGGCUCGUUGGAUAAAAGCAGUUGCGGCAAAGCCUGA